AUAAAAAAAAAAAAAAACUAUAAUAAUUUCAUUUUCCUUUACCCUUCAUUCUUCUUCUUAUUCAAUUCAUAUAUACAAUUUGUAUAACUAUUUUCCCAAGAAGAAGAAAUGGUCGACGAUGUCCACUUACAAGCCCUAAUUAUGUCAGCCGUACAACCACCGCCGGAAACCGGUAAUUCCUUCACGGCGCUCCUAGAACUUCCCCCAAAUCAAGCCGUUAAGUUAUUACACUCCCCUGAACAUAUUCCAAACAACACUGUUUUUCACAACACUAACCAAAACGACGCCGUUUUGGUUAGUUUAUUGGAACCUGAUAAUAAUAAUAAUAACAACAAUAAUAUUAAUAAUGAUGAUAAUAAUAACAAUAAUAAUAAUUUAGUUAAACAAGAACCAAUUGAUUCUGAUUCUAUGUAUUCGGAUCCCACCGCUUUGAGAACAUCCGCCAAACGUAAGGAACAACCAGUCAAGGGUAAAUCAUCAGGGAAGAAAAGCAAAAAUGUUGCUAAGGAGACAGACGGUGAGGAACUUCCGUACGUUCAUGUUCGAGCGCGGAGAGGGCAAGCAACGGAUAGUCAUAGCCUAGCUGAAAGAGCAAGAAGAGAGAAGAUUAAUGCUAGGAUGAAGUUACUUCAAGAGCUGGUUCCUGGAUGCAAUAAGAUUUCAGGUACAGCAAUGGUGCUUGACGAGAUUAUCAAUCAUGUACAAUCCCUGCAACGCCAAGUGGAGUUUUUAUCUAUGAGACUGGCUGCCGUGCACCCUAGCAUCGAUGUCAACUUGGACAACAUUUUUUCUGCAGAGAAUGGGUCAAUCAUGGACUGUGGUUUCACUGGCAUGGUUUCUCCAUCGUUAAGUCAGCAGCUAUGGCAUCCCGAUGCGCUACCUUCCCAGCCACUAUGGGGUGUGGAAGAUAUUAACCCUAAUUUCAUUACUCCGGAAAACUCACUUUUAAGUUAUGACUCUCCGGGUAAUUCAGCUUCUUUGCAUACAAACCAGCUGAAAACGGAGUUAUGAAGACGGGAAUUUAGUCAAGUGGGUAGGUAGCGAGCUAUUGUAUAUAUGGUAAGAUAUUAAUCGAUAGAGAUAGCAGUAAAUUAGUUAGAUGAAGAAGCUUUAUAUUUAAUCAUUUAUAAGUAGGUUUAGAGAUCUAGAUUCGAGUGGUGAAAUCAAGAUGGUAUUAUGCAUAUAUAUAAUAUAUACUAGCACAAUAUACAAUUUAUAUCGUUGGACUCUAGCACUCAUUUAUGAUGAGUAACUAGUCUUUAUUCAAUUGUUCCUUUCA